GAAGCGGGGGGUAUUUUAGGGCGAAAGAGAUAGGGCAAAAUAAACAUGCGAAGAAACACUUCUACUCCUCUUCUGUGAUUCCUCUCAAAUCCCCCUCUUGCCUCUCCCUCUCUUUCUCAGGUCGUUGCAAAUGGCGGAACCUUCUAAAGUCAUUCAUGUUCGCAAUGUAGGCCAUGAAAUUUCUGAAAAUGAUUUGCUUCAGCUUUUCCAGCCAUUUGGAGUGAUAACAAAGCUUGUAAUGCUCCGCGCAAAGAAUCAGGCUCUUCUUCAAAUGCAAGAUAUUCCUUCAGCCAUCAAUGCGUUGCAGUUCUACACUAAUGUUCAACCAACUAUUAGAGGGAGGAAUGUCUACGUCCAAUUCUCAUCUCAUCAGGAACUAACUACAAUGGAUCAGACUGCUCAAGGACGAGGUGACGAGCCGAAUCGAAUCCUCCUGGUUACAAUCCAUCAUAUGCUAUAUCCUAUUACCGUGGAAGUGCUACACCAGGUUUUCUCACCUCAUGGAUUCGUGGAGAAGAUCGUCACAUUUCAGAAGUCGGCUGGUUUUCAAGCCCUGAUCCAGUAUCAACUGCGCCAAAGUGCAGUCUCAGCUAGAACUUCCCUUCAGGGCCGUAAUAUUUAUGAUGGCUGCUGUCAGCUGGAUAUACAGUUUUCAAACCUUGAUGAAUUACAAGUUCAUUACAAUAAUGAUCGAUCAAGGGAUUUCACAAACCCAAAUCUUCCAACAGAACAGAAGGGCAGAUCCUCACAGCCUACUGGGUAUGGUGAUGUAGGAGGUAUGUAUGCCCUGGAAGCUCAUGGAGCUAGGGCAGUUGGAUUUCCACAGAUGGCUAAUGCAGCUGCAAUUGCAGCUGCUUUCGGAGGAGGUUUGCCUCCAGGAAUAAGUGGGACAAAUGAUAGGUGUACAGUGCUUGUUUCCAAUCUAAAUCCUGAUAGAAUAGAUGAGGAUAAGCUUUUCAACCUGUUCUCACUUUAUGGAAACAUUGUGAGAAUUAAACUUCUACGCAAUAAACCAGAUCAUGCUCUAGUUCAGAUGGGUGAUGGCUUUCAGGCUGAACUGGCAGUACACUUUCUCAAGGGGGCCAUGCUAUUUGGGAAGCGACUGGAGGUCAACUUUUCCAAACAUCCUAACAUAACACAGGGAGCUGACACACAUGAAUAUGUGAACUCAAAUCUCAACCGCUUUAAUCGGAAUGCUGCAAAGAACUACCGUUACUGCUGUUCCCCAACGAAGAUGAUUCAUCUUUCCACUUUACCUCAGGAUGUAUCUGAAGAGGAAAUUGUGAAUCAUUUGGCGGAACAUGGCACCAUUGUUAAUACCAAGCUCUUUGAAAUGAAUGGAAAGAAGCAAGCCCUUGUUAUGUUUGAAACUGAGGAGCAAGCCACUGAAGCCCUUGUCUCCAAGCAUGCAAGCUCGCUUGGUGGGUCAAUAAUCCGAAUUUCAUUCUCUCAGUUGCAGACAAUAAGAGAGAACUCACAGUAAUAGUUUAAUGAUGGUCAGUUUCGAGGAAUAGGAAGGGAGAGAGAAGUAAGUGUAGUUGCAAUUGCAGUUGAGGGAGUCUUUGUAUCAUUUUUGUAUAUUUCUUGUAAUCCAGGCUGAGUGGUCCAUUUCUGUUUGUAUCCGCAUGCCAUACCCGAAUGCGUUUUCCUUGCAGUCAUUAAGAUGAUUUAAAUUCUCUUACUCCCUCUUCUGGAAAUAUUUGACACUGGUUUCAAACUUGAAUUCUCUCCUCUUCUAUCUUCUUGGAUUGGAGCUUUGGCAACU